GAACUCAUCACUGCUUGGUACAUUGGGUUCCUGACACUCAUCCUAUCCUCGUUUCUUGUUUAUCUGGUUGAAAAAGAUGUUCCUGAAAAGGAUGCUAACGGGGUGGAGAUGAAGGAAGAAUUUGAAACCUAUGCAGAUGCUCUGUGGUGGGGCUUGAUCACCCUUGCUACGAUUGGGUAUGGUGACAAGACCCCCAAAACAUGGGAGGGACGGCUGAUUGCAGCUACGUUCUCUCUCAUUGGAGUGUCUUUCUUUGCUCUUCCUGCAGGGAUUUUGGGCUCAGGCCUGGCACUGAAGGUCCAGGAGCAACAUCGUCAAAAACAUUUUGAGAAAAGAAGAAAGCCAGCAGCUGAACUUAUUCAGGCUGCCUGGAGAUACUAUGCUACUAACCCCAACAGGAUUGAUCUAGUUGCUACCUGGAGGUUUUAUGAAUCAAUUGUAUCAUUUCCAUUUUUCAGGAAAGAGCAACUGGAUGGUACUGCCAGCCAAAAGCUGGGUCUCUUGGAUCGGGUUCGUGGUACCAAUACUAAAGGAAAGCUAUUUACUCCUCUGAAUGUAGAUGCCAUUGAAGAAAGUCCUUCAAAAGAGCCUAAGAAUGUUGUCUUGAAUAAUAAGGAGCGUUUUCGCACUGCAUUCCGAAUGAAAGCAUACGCUUUUUGGCAAAGCUCAGAAGAUGCAGGAACAGGGGAACCCAUGGCAGAGGAGAGAGGCGACAGUAGCGACUUCCUUAUGGAAGACAUGAUCCCCACAUUUAAAACAGCCAUCCGAGCUGUCAGAAUACUACAAUUUCGUCUCUAUAAAAAAAAAUUCAAGGAGACUUUGAGGCCUUAUGAUGUAAAGGAUGUGAUAGAGCAAUACUCAGCAGGGCAUCUUGAUAUGCUUUCCAGGAUAAAAUAUCUUCAGGCAAGAGUAGAUAUGAUUUUUACACCUGGACCUCCAUCUACUCCCAAGCAUAAGAAAUCCCAAAAAGGAGGAGCUUUUUCUUACCCUUCACAACAGUCUCCCAGAAAUGAUCCAUAUGUAGCCAAAGCAUCUACAGCAGAUACUGAAGACCAAAGUAUGAUGGGCAAAUUUGUUAAAGUUGAACGACAGGUUAAUGACAUGGGGAAGAAACUGGAUUUUCUUGUUGAUAUGCAUAUGCACCAUAUGGAACAGUUGCAAAUACAAGUCGCUGAGAUAAGUCCAUUGAAGGAAACUGCUUCUCCUGCAAAGGAGAAGAGAGAAGAAAACAAAUACUCUGAAUUAAAAACAAUAAUAUAUAAAUACACUGAGCAGUGCGCUCAUGAAACUCCUUACAACUUCCAGCAGGUUCCAGUCAACAAAGUCAGUCCUUAUGGUUUCUCAACACAUGGUCGUACGACUCAUUCGCAACCUUUAUCAAUAGGUGGGCAAAACUCUGGCAAGCUGCAAGCCACACCUUCCUCAACUUCGUAUGCAGAAAGGCCAACAGUUUUGCCUAUAUUUACGUUAAUGGACUCCCAGGUUAGCUACCACUCUCAAGGAGACCUACAAAGCCCUUACUCCGAUAAGAUGUCUCCAAGGCAGAGAAGGAGCUUAACAAGAGACAGUGACACUCCCUUGUCCCUUCUCUCAGUCAACCAUGAGGAACUUGAGCGCUCCCCAAGUGGCUUCAGCAUCUCCCAAGAGAGAGAUGACUUCCCGUUUGGCCCCAAUGGGGGGUCAGCGUGGAUGAGAGAGAAGCGCUACCUAGCAGAGGGGGAAACGGACACAGAUACUGACCCUUUCACACCAAGUGGCUCCAUGCCUUUGUCUUCUACAGGAGAUGGGAUUUCGGAUUCAAUAUGGACCCCUUCAAAUAAGCCGGUUUAAAAGUGCGUGUGAGGGCAGUCACUGGUUGACUUCUCCAUGUAAUGUAAGCAUACUUUGUAUAUCUCACUUACUCUACACCCAAA